GGAACAGGGAUACUCUUCAUUGUAUGGUCCAGCUCUGAUGACCUGUUCGACGAAUAUUAAUCUAAGGAAAAUGGAAGAGGCUCAUUUGUAGGUGAAGCAGACAAAUUGUCUAGUCUCCUUUUGUGGUUUCCAUUUAUACCAACCCACUCAAGACAUGACCAGGUCAAUAAUGAAGCUUCUAUCUUACCUCACCGCUGAAAAUCAUUUCUUAUACUAAUUCUUUCUCCUCCAACAACAGCUAGAGAAACCAAAAUCAAGUUGAAUAGCCAUGUCAAAACUCCCCCAAGACAUUAUUGUUGAUAUCCUUACCUACUUGCCAGUCAAGUCUCUUGUUAGAUUCAAGUGUGCGUGCAAGCCAUGGCAGUCGUUAAUCUCCGACCCUCGAUUCGUCAAGUUGCAUCUCAAACGGGCAAUUGAAGGCAACAAUAUUAACCGCCAAAGGCUCCUUGUUGCGGCCGAGCCUCUUUAUAGUUCUGUAGACUUUGAAGCAGCUAGUGAUGGUGAUGACAUUAAUGCAGUAAUGGAGCUUCCUUAUCCUAGCGCAGCAAGUCAUACUGAAUCCUUCGCUUUUGCAUCGAUCCGGGGAUCUUGUAAUGGUUUAGUAUGUAUACGUAAUGGAGGUGACGUUCACGAUAUGUUUUUAUGGAAUCCAUCUACUAGAGAGUCCAAGAAAUUGCCAAAACCAAGUUCUUCUGUGCAGAAAGAUGGUUUCCUUACUGGACUUGGUUAUGAUUCAACUAUCGACGAUUACAAAUUAGUAAUUGCCUGCUUAACUACUGCCAAUGGUUCUCACCAAAUUAUGGCGCCUGAAGUCUUCACCCUCAAAACCAAUUCAUGGAGAAGAAUUCAAGGCAUCCAUUCUGGUAUCACCUUGGAAGGAGGUGCAGGAGUAUUUUGGAACGGGGCUUUGCAUUGGUUAGGGAAGCAAGAAACAGGUGCUGAUCAUGAUGUGGAUGUUAUUUUUUCGGUUGACGUAGCACAGGAGAAGUUCAUGGGGAUUGUGCCACUUCCGAACCAUUUUUGUACAGCUGUUUUGAGCAUCUCAGGAAAUUGCUUGUGCAUUUUUGGCAAACUGCAUCCUGAUGAAAGCUACUUCGAGGCAUGGAUAACAAGUGAAUAUGGAGUCAAGACAUCUUGGAGAAGACGGUAUGCUAUUCCUUUUGACAGAUUAUAUAUGGAUUAUUUUUCAACAGAAAAGUGCUUGACGAAGAAAGGAGUUCUAAUGGACCAUCAUGGAUGUCCAGGGACAUUGCAGCUUUACGACCCAGUUGAAGAUGCAACAAAGUUAUUAAGAGUAAAAAACAAUAGUGAUCCCAUAUAUGAUUCUGUUGUAUAUACAGAAAGCCUUGUUUCACUUCGAUUAGAACCUUUAGAGAAAAACGGGAAGUUAGUGGUUUCAGUGAGUGACAAGGAAGUAGCCCCUGAAGUUAAAAGAUGGGGAAAUGCCCUGAUUGGUUAUGUUCUAGGUCAAGAUCUACAAUUCAUGGCCAUGAAAAGGUUUGUUGAUUCUGAGUGGAGGAGAACAUAUGGGAAUGUCAAGUUCUUUAUAAUAGAACCAGGAGUUCUUAUGUUUGAUUCUGAAACAGCUGAAACUAAGCAGCUGGUUGUAUUUGUUAGGCUUUUGCUUGGAACUGUUGCUGAAUCUGUGUUUCAAAAACAGUUAGGAUAUUAUUUAUUUGCCAUGUCCAAACUCUCUCAGGACAUCAUGGUUGAUAUACUCACUUACCUACCAGUUAAGUCUCUACUACGAUUCAAGUGUGUGUGCAAGCUAUGGCAUUCGUUAAUCUCGGAUCCGAAGUUUGUGAAAUCACACCUCAAAACAGCAAGGGAAGUCAACUCUAAUAAGAGCCAGAGACUUCUCCUUUCAACCAGGACUCCUCAGUCCGUUGACUUCGAAGCAGCUAGUGAAGGUGAUGAGGAUAAUGCAGUACAGGAGCUUGAAUAUCCUGAUGUAAUAAGGUGCAGUCCUGCUUACUUUAUUGGAAUUAUGGGAUCUUGCGAUGGCUUGAUUUGUUUAUUUGUUGACUAUGCAAAACUCGUCUUAUGGAAUCCAUCUACUAGAGAUUACAAGGAAUUGCCAAAACCCAGUUGUGAUCAUGGCUUUGAUUUCUUUGCUGGAAUUGGUUAUGAUUCCUCUAAUGAUGAUCAUAAAUUUGUAAUUCCUAGCUGCACUACGGCUGAUGGUUCUGAACAAAUUAUGGUUGAAGUUCUUACAUUGAAAACCAAUGUCUGGAGAAAAGUUCCGGAGAUCUGUCAAGGUACUUCCUUGGUAGGGGCUCAUCGAGGGUUAUUUUGCAAUGGGGCUGUGCAUUGGUUAGGAAAGCAAGAAAAUAGGUCUGAGAAAGAGUAUGUGGCUGUUUCAUUUGAUGUAGCAGAGGAGAGAUUCAAGGAAGUUGUGCCACUUCCGGAUCAUUUCGAUACGGUGGUUUUGGGGAUGUCAGGAAAUUCCCUGUGUGCAUUUGGUGAAUGCCAUGGAAGCUAUUUUGAGGCAUGGAUACAUGAGCAGGAAUAUGAUAGCAGUGCAUCUUUCAGAAGAUUAUUCAGGCUCCCAGCUGACAGGCUUUCUCAAGAACCUAAAGUAGUAUUGUGUUUAACAAAGAAAGGAGAACUUCUGCUUGAUUAUGAUGAAUGGCAACUAGCGUUGUACCAUCCUGUAGAAGACAAAAAUAAAUGCAUCAGGGCAUACAGAGAUGGCAAUUUAUGUGAUUUAGCAAUAUACACAGAGAGUCUAGUUUCCAUCAAUGGUGAUGACAGUAGAAACCCCAGAAGAAGAAGUUGGAGAAAAAUGGUGAUUGCCUAAGUAAUUUGUUGGAUUACUUGUUGUCUUUGUUGGUAAUUGGAUUUUUGGGACCUUUCUCGUUUGGCAUGUACACCAUUGCAUUAGUGUUCAUUGUUCAAAUAUUUUGCUUGGAUGGAGGUUGAGAUGAGCUAGUUUUUGUUAUUUA